AUGCUGUAUAAAAAAAUCAUUCUAACCGUUAAACGGCUUGAGGAUUCUAAAAACCCUUUAUUAGGUCCCAAUAUUGUAGGACUUUAUUGGUUUGGCCUCUGGCAAGGCAAACGCAAAUAUCGAGAUGCCUUGUUUAACUUUAUACAUUUCUGCUCAUUGCUUUACGUAAUAAGCCAGUUUGCCGAACUAUAUUUUAUGGAAAACGAUUUGAUGAGUGUUCUUUUUAACAUAGCUAUCACCGCUUUGUCCCUCGUGUCAAUAGCCAAAACAUUAUUUUUCUUGACAUAUAUUAGAAAAUGGAGAGUGCUAAUCAACAAUAUAUCUAGCGAGGAAAUUGAUGCUCUCGCUCAAGGCGACGCUAAAGUACUUAAAUAUAUGAGUCAAUACAAAGAACAUUCAAGGCUUGUGACUUAUUUAUAUUGGUUGGUUAUGUUCCUGACCACCAUUGUUAUCAUUUUCUCCCCAUUUUUAAAAUUCACAUCGAAUAAUUUACGUGAAAUGGUUAAAAAUGGUACUGAGGCAUUACCGCAAAUAAUGAGCUCUUGGUUUCCCUUUAACCACACUGUAUUGCCAGGUUAUUUGGUGGCCGUGAUUGUUCAUAUUUCAAUGGUUAUUCAGGGGGCUGGUGUUGUAGCUGUAUACGAUUCCACUGCUGUUUCCAUAAUGUCAUUUUUGAAGGGUCAAAUGCAGAUUUUACGAUAUAAAUGUGAAAAUAUUUUUGGUGGUAAAGAUAAAAUUUCAAGGGACGAAAUAUUGAACAAUAUAAGGGAAUGUCAUCGGCUGCAUAAUUUUUUUAUUGAGCAAUACAAAAUCUUCAAUUCAAAUAUUUCGCCAGUAAUGUUUAUCUACAUGUUAGUUUGUUCUAUAAUGAUAUGCUGUAGCGUCGUACAAUUAAGUCUGGGUAAACAAACAAUGUCACAAAAGCUAUGGGUCUUUGAAUAUACUAUGGCGUUGGCGGUCCAGCUUUUUUUAUACUGUUGGCAUAGCAAUGAAAUCGCGCAUGAAAGUAAAUCAGUAGAUAGAGGUGUGUAUACCAGCAACUGGUGGCAAGGAGACGUAGAGAUAAGACGACAAAUUCUCCUCUUAGCCGGGAAGUUAGCGCCUACAUUUAUACUGGAAGCUGGACCAUUUACUACAUUUUCUAUGUCUACAUUCAUUGACAUACUGAAAGGAUCUUACAGCUUCUACACCUUAUUUACUCAGAUGCAUGAAAAAGAAGGA